AUGAGUUAUACGGUCAGUAUACGAGCUGAAGCAGAUGAAAGGGCGAGCAGAGAGAGGCGAAAAAAGAAAAAGAAAAAGAAAGAACAACCGACGUACCACCGUCGUAGCCAGCCGCCCAUCCAUCCAUCCCAUCAUCAAUCUGACAGCCGGCACCGACCGUUCAACUUGAGCAAGCCCGAUCCCCAGCCCAUCCCAUCCCAUCAUUCCCCAUUCUCCCCCCUGAAAAAAAAGGAAAAACAGGGAAUCAAAAAAAAAAGAAAAGAAAAGGAAAGAAAAGAAAAGAAAUAA